GUGCAGUGCGCCUGCGCUGUGAGGCGGUGGUACCGCUGCCGGUUGUGGGUCUGUCAUGGGGACGGUGCUGAGGAGCGGGGUCCAGGGCCUGACCCUGACUCUCAGUCGGGGCCUGCACGGGCUGUCAGGCCGCGGCGGGAGGCUCAGCCCGGGCCCGAGGCUGGGGGCAGGCUCCGUGCGGCCUGCAGCCACGGUCUCAGCCGGUCUCGGGGAGGGGGCGAGUGCGGAGGCCGAGCACAGCCGCCGCUAUCGGAGCCACAUCCCCAGCAGCCGGCUCCAGAAACUGCUGCUGGCCUCAGGAUCCGCCUUGAUGGCUCUAUACAACCCGUACCGGCACGAUAUGGUGGCUGUACUGGGAGAAACAACAGGGCUGCUGGCAAUCCGAAAGCUGCGAGACAGGAUGCAGAACCAUCCUGAGGGAUUCCAGAUUCUGCAGGAGAGACCUCGGAUCAGCACGUCUACCUUGGAUUUGGUCAGCCUGAGAGAGUUACCUGAUGGCACAUUUGGCAGAGAGUACGUCCGUUUCCUUGAUGUUAAUAAGGUCACUCCUGACAGCCGGAUGCCUGUGAAGUUUGUUGAUGAUGAGGAACUUGCCUAUGUGAUUCAGCGUUACCGUGAAGUACAUGACUUCAUGCACACACUGCUGGGCAUGCCCACAAACAUUCUCGGUGAGGUUGCAGUCAAGUGGUUUGAGGCACUGCAGACUGGUCUGCCUAUGUGUAUUCUGGGAGCUAUGUUUGGUCCUCUCCACCUGUCUGCCAGGAAUAUCCAGGUUUUAGUAACAGACUUAAUCCCGUGGGCUGUACGGUGCGGCAGGACAGCUCAGUGUAUGAUGAACUUCCACUAUGAGAAUCGAUGGGAACAGAGUCUCGAAUCACUCAGAGAAGAGAUUGGGAUAUUACCCUGUCCCACUGUUCAAUCAUAACAUUGACGUGUUAGGAACACAGGAGUGAAUUUAAUUGUGUGGAGACAGCCUUAUGAUACCCUAAACUCCAGACAUCAUCGAAGGAGAAGUCAUUGAGCAGAGGUGACUGACCAUGAGGUGGGGACUGACCCCUUCCAUCCCAGCCCACGUAUUCAGGUCUAACACCUUCCAGAAACAGUGUAGACUCAUGACGGUGCGGUGACCCGGUCCCAGUCUUGGGCUUGUUUUGGACUUAGAAUAAGGAUAAUUAAUAAAUACAAGGGUAGGCCUCAAGCCUACGCUGCCAUCCUAAGA